CUUUCAGGAAUUGACUACAAGACCACUACAAUCCUGCUGGAUGGCAGGCGUGUAAAGCUAGAGCUCUGGGACACUUCAGGUCAGGGGCGGUUCUGCACAAUCUUCAGAUCCUAUUCCAGAGGUGCACAGGGUAUACUCUUAGUUUAUGACAUCACUAAUCGAUGGUCUUUUGAUGGGAUUGACCGCUGGAUCAAGGAGAUUGAUGAGCAUGCUCCUGGUGUGCCAAGAAUUUUGGUCGGUAACAGGUUACACCUCGCCUUCAAAAGGCAGGUUCCCACUGAACAGGCACGAGCCUAUGCUGAGAAAAAUGGGAUGACAUUCUUUGAAGUCAGUCCGCUCUGCAACUUCAACGUGACUGAGUCAUUCACCGAGCUGUCUCGGAUUGUGCUGAUGCGACAUGGUAUGGAAAGGUUCUGGAAACCAAACAGAGUCUUCACACUGCAAGACCUUUGUUGCCGAGCCAUUGUUUCUUGUACACCUGUUCAUCUUAUUGACAAACUACCACUACCUGUCGCCAUAAAAAGUCACCUCAAGUCUUUCUCCAUGGCCAAUGGAAUGAAUGCUGUAAUGAUGCACGGCCGUUCGUAUUCGUUAGCCUCAAGUAGCGGUGGAAGCAAGGGCAACAGCUUAAAGAGGUCCACCAAACCCCCACGACCACCACAGAGUCCACCUCAGAGCUGCACACGCACUAACUGCAAAAUCUCUUAGCGAAAAUGUUUUGUUUCAAGCUCUCUUGUUUGGCAGGAACUUUGUCAGCUGGUCAAGCUUGGAACCUGAACUCCUAUGGAAGUUCUUGCAGCUUCUUACUGGACCAAAUGAAGAAGUACUCUGCAUUUUUCAAAGGAAUUUCUUUCUUGUUGAUCAAUGAGUAAACACGCUAGUUGAAACAGACACUCAUGACAUUUUGUUUUUGACAAUUUGCACUGAAAUUUCGAACUAGUGUUGUAAGGAGGCUUGCAGGUGCCACUGUUAAUGAAGCGUCAAGCAGUUUGUUUUUUAGGAAG